GAGAGUUAUCGCGAAAAAAAAAUGUUCAAAAUUUGAAAAAGGUGGAAAAAAUUUGGAUUUGGAUUUGGAUUUGCUUUUUGGAUUUGAAUCAAUUGCAAAAUGACUUCGAUUAAAGUGACCAGUAGAAGUAAGAAUAUCAAGUCUGGUGAAUUCAGCACUUCUUCUUAUAAAGAUUUUGUCUCUCAAUUAUCAAAACAUUCAAGGUUAAAUAGUAAUAGAUUAAGAAUCACCAAUCUAGACAAGAAACCAAUUAAUGACGAUUCAAUUUUGAAUGAAUCAGAAGUUUAUGUUAAAGAUUUAGGUCCUCAAAUCGGAUGGAGAACUGUUUAUUUGAUUGAAUAUUUAGGUCCAAUCUUGAUUCAUUUCCUUGUUUAUCAAUUGGCAUCUAAACCUAAGGAUUAUGAAUUGAUUUACUAUAUGAAUUUGAUUCAUUAUGGUAAAAGAGAAGUUGAAAAUGUCUUUGUUCAUAGAUUUAGUAAUUCUACUAUGCCAUUGUUUAACUUGUUUAAGAAUAGUGGACAUUAUUGGGUUUUAGGUGGUUCAUUAUCAUUAAUGUACUUGGGAGGGUUUGGUAAUUUACCAAUCUCAUUAAAUUUGAAUAAAGAUUACUUGUUUUAUAUCUGGUGUGGAUGUGAAUUCUUCAAUGCAAUUUCACAUAUUCAAUUGAGAUUAUUGGGAGAUAAGACAGUUAGAAAAGGUAAAGCUAGAGAAGUGCCAAGUGGAGGGUUAUUUGAAUUGUUUAUCAGUCCUAAUUACACUAUGGAGAUUUAUGGAUGGAUCAUUGUGUUUUUGUUGAAUCCUAAUGUGUUUACGUUGGUGUUUUUAUUGGUUGGAGCUACCCAGAUGUAUUUCUGGAGCAUCAAGAAGCAGGAGAAGUAUGGAACAAAGAGGGCUUUUUUGGUUCCAUUUGUGUUUUGA